AUGCCUCAGACCUUACCACCCCUCUCACCCCUUCAACCCCUCGGCGACAUGCCGCGCGUGCCCGUCCGGCAAAUCAUGGCUGAAUUCGUCCCCGACGCCAUCGACUUCGGAUCUCUCGAUGAAGAGGUAUCCCGCGAUUCCACGGUGUCUUCCGUCGACGUACUCGCCGAGACUGAAGGGAACGGUGUACGAAUUAUCAAGGACCCGCAUAUGAACUUCCUCGCGGCUCUUGAUAAUCACUUGCCCGCUCACAUCCUUGCUUCACAGCAACUGACGACCGCCAUCUUCUGGAAACAGGCUCUGGACGAGUUUUACGAUGAAGGGAAAAAUACAAAGCCUAUCGAGCCUAUCUUCAUUGAGCGCGAUCCCUCCGACACGAUGGAGAAGACGUUUUGGAGAUAUGUAAACCUUGUCCUGAAGAGCAAAGGCCUUGACAAGAACCUCCGCGGCGAGUGGCGGUCAUGUGAAUCAAAGAAUGGUGGGGCGCGUAGCUGGAUUUGUGUCCGGAAGGAAAAGUACAGACUAUUCGACACGGCGAAUAUCAUGCUGUUGAGCUCGUCUGAAAUCUUUCUGCCACUUGAACGGGACCGCUCAGCGCCAAACAUCUUGCGCGUUGGUUUGCCGAUUGUCAGAGAUGCAGGGAUGACAGGUGCAGGUGACGGAGCCCUGACAUGUUUCGAGCUCGCCAUCGCCUCUACUCUCUCCCUCCCAACCCCAUCCCACGUUCCACCGUUUCUGCCUCUCCCCAAACUCAAGAUCGAGACUGCAAGUAGCGAGGGUGAGGGUGGGACCUUGGUGGGAGUGUUUACAAGUAUGUGUAGAUGGGCCGGGAUCAGAGGCAGCAAAGAAGCAGACAACCAACGGAAGGCCAAGAGAAGGAGGGUGUCUAAGCAGGGGCAAGAUCUCAGUGAGGAUCGCUUUGAGAGCGGACGCAGGUCCAGCGGUUCAGCUCAUCCCUCUGUGUGGGCUCGCCUUCACUUCCAUGGCUGCUCUUUGUCUGAUUCGGGGCGCUCCUUGGCGCAUCAUUUCUUCGGCCCUGUUGGCUUGUCCGAUUCAUCUAUCUAUGGAUGGAUUGACAAGGACCUUGCACACCCCCAUUUCGAGGACUGUACCAGCAUCUCUUCGUCGCCACCCUUGCUUCCCCUCGCCGAUCCUCCCCUCACCCCUCGCGCCACUCCUCGAAAAGAAGCUCCUAUCACAACUGCCAUCACCUUGUCCUCCUCUCCCACCUUCUCUGUCUCCCAGCCAAUCGAUGCUUCUUCAGCAGUCGACCUCGAAUUCUCUAUAGGAUCGAUGAUCGACAGGGGGCGCCUUUCUGAUGUCUAUUCCCUCACUUCCAAAGUUCCAGCCAAUCAUCCUCACGAUCUGCCCCCGCUCGUCGUCAAGAUCAUGCGUCCCAGCACCUUUGACGAUGCAAAAGGAUGGGCAGGGUACGAGACAGGUGCCGAGGCGGUAAAUGCUUGGGAAGCGGAGGUAGAGCUUUACGGGGGGGCGCUGUCUGGCCUGCAAGGCCAUAUCGUGCCCCGGUGUUUUGGAGCUCCUCGGGGCCUGAUGUAUGUCAGUCGAGAGUGGGAAAGCAGGGAGAUCAACUUUAUGAUUUUGGAGCGUGUCGGCAGUGCCGUUUGUGCUAAGGACAAGGAUCUGCCGCUGCUUCCUCUCCAGACUAAGCUCGCUAUCUGUUCACUCUACGAAGCACUGCAUAGCGUUCGGAUCAUUCAUGGUGAUAUCAAACGCCGCCACAUCCGUCGGCGUGCAGAUGGUAGUCUGUGUAUCAUCGACUUUGAGGGCGCGAGACGAGCGUCGAAUGGGGCAUGGGGGGAUGAGAUGCUGGCGGACGAGAUGGAGGAGGUCAAAGCCAUGCUGGGGUUCGGAAACGGCUAG